GGAAAGCUGUUCAUGUUUGAUCGUAUAUUCAAGCCUAACACAACACAGGAAGAGGUCUACAAUAAAGCAGCAAGACAGAUUGUUAAAGAUGUCUUGGAUGGGUACAAUGGAACUAUCUUUGCCUAUGGACAGACAUCCAGUGGAAAGACAUUCACUAUGGAGGGAGUUAUGGGUAACCCUCAGUAUAUGGGCAUCAUCCCUCGUAUUGUGCAAGAUAUCUUCAAUCAUAUCUACCAGAUGGAUGAGAGCCUGGAAUUCCAUAUAAAGGUUUCCUACUUUGAGAUCUACAUGGACAGAAUUCGAGAUCUAUUAGAUGUAUCGAAAACCAACCUGUCUGUCCAUGAGGAUAAGAACCGGGUUCCGUUCGUGAAGGGGGCAACGGAGAGGUUCGCUUCCAGCCCCGAAGAGGUCAUGGACGUCAUUGAAGAGGGCAAAUCUAACAGACAUAUUGCAGUAACAAACAUGAAUGAACACAGCUCUCGCAGUCAUAGCAUCUUCCUCAUCCAAGUCAAGCAGGAGAAUAUGGAGACCAAGAAGAAACUCAGUGGCAAGCUUUACCUUGUAGAUUUAGCUGGUAGUGAGAAGGUUAGCAAGACUGGAGCAGAAGGAACGGUUUUAGAUGAAGCCAAAAAUAUCAACAAAUCUCUGUCAGCACUGGGAAAUGUUAUAUCAGCAUUAGCAGAUGGAAAGAAAUCUCACAUCCCGUACCGUGACAGUAAGAUGACCCGUAUCCUGCAGGAAUCCCUUGGAGGUAACGCUAGGACCACCAUCGUCAUCUGCUGCUCUCCUUCCUCCUUCAACGAGUCAGAGUCAAAGUCCACCCUUAUGUUUGGCCAGAGAGCUAAGACCAUCAAGAACACCGUAACAGUCAACAUGGAGCUCACCGCUGAAGAGUGGAGGAACAGGUAUGAGAAGGAGAAGGAGAAGAACGGAAGACUGAAGGCCCAGCUCCUGAUCCUGGAGAAUGAGCUCCAGAGAUGGAGAGCAGGUGAGAGUGUACCGGUGAAGGAACAAGGAAACAAGAACGAUGAGAUCUUGAAAGAGAUGAUGAAGCCCAAGCAGAUGACUGUCCACGUCUCGGAGGAAGAGAAGAACAAGUGGGAAGAAGAGAAAGUCAAACUCUACGAGCAGCUCGAUGAGAAGGACAGCGAGAUCGACAACCAAUCCCGACUGACUGAGAAACUCAAGCAACAGAUGCUGGAGCAGGAGGAGCUGCUCUCCUCCAUGCAGAGAGACUAUGAGCUCCUUCAGAGUCAGAUGGGUCGUCUAGAGGCAGAGAAUGCCGCCGCCAAGGAGGAGGCCAAGGAAGUUCUUCAGGCAUUGGAGGAGAUGGCAGUGAACUACGAUGAGAAAUCCAAGGAGGUUGAAGAUAAGAACAGGAUGAAUGAAACCCUCAGCGAGGAAGUCAACGAGAAGAUGACUGCUCUGCACACGACCAGCACAGAGCUUCAGAAGCUACAGGAGCUGGAGCAGCAUCAACGUCGCCGCAUCACAGAGAUGAUGGCCAGCCUGCUCAAGGAUCUAGGAGAGAUCGGGACUGCUCUAGGUGGAAACGCUGCUGAUAUGAAGCCCAACGUUGAGAACAUCGAGAAGGUCGACGAGGAAUUCACCAUGGCCCGUCUGUUUGUGAGCAAGAUGAAGACGGAAGUCAAGACCAUGUCUCAGAGAUGCAAGAUCCUGGAGGCGAGCAACGCGGAGAACGAGACUAAGAUCCGCACCUCCGAAGAUGAGCUGGACUCCUGCAGGAUGACCAUUCAACAGCAUGAGGCUAAGAUGAAGUCUCUGUCUGAGAACAUCCGUGAGACUGAAGGCAAGAAGCGACAUCUUGAGGAUAGCCUGGACAUGCUGAACGAGGAGAUUGUUAAGCUCAGGGCAGCAGAGGAAAUCCGUCUAACAGAUCAGGAAGAUAAGAAACGUGAAGAGGAAGAUAAAAUGCAGUCAGCUACAGAGAUGCAGGCCUCUAUGAGUGAGCAGAUGGAAUCGCACCGUGAUGCUCAUCAGAAGCAGCUCGCCAACCUCCGAACAGAGAUCAACGAGAAGGAACAUCAAAUGGAGGAACUCAAGGAUGUCAACCAGCGAAUGACCCUUCAACAUGAGAAGCUACAGCUGGAUUAUGAGAAGCUCAAGAUUGAGGAGGCAGAGAAGGCUGCUAAGCUCAGAGAACUCAGCCAACAGUUUGACAGACGUGAACAGGCCAAGCAAGACCUCAAGGGUCUCGAAGAGACAGUAGCCAAGGAGCUUCAGACGCUACACAACCUUCGCAAGUUGUUUGUGUCGGAUCUGCAGAAUAGGGUGAAGAAGGCUCUAGAGGGCGGCGAUCGUGACGAUGACUCUGGAGGAAGCCAGGCACAGAAACAGAAGAUCUCCUUCUUGGAGAACAACCUGGAACAACUCACCAAAGUUCACAAACAGCUGGUGCGAGACAAUGCUGACUUGCGAUGCGAGCUGCCCAAGCUUGAGAAGCGUCUCCGAGCCACAUCGGAACGUGUCAAGGCCCUGGAGAUGUCUCUCAAGGAGACUAAAGAGGGCGCCAUGCGUGAUCGCAAGAGGUAUCAGCAAGAGGUUGACAGGAUCAGAGAAGCUGUCAGACAGAGGAACUUUGCUAAGAGGGGUAGCAGUGCUCAGAUUGCCAAGGCAAUACGAGCUGGUCACCCGCCUCCGUCCCCCGGAGGAUCGACUGGCAUCAGGGGUGGCGGCUACUCCGGUAUCAGGGGAGGAGGAUCCCCCGUCAUCAGGCCCCCUUCUCAUGGGAGCCCAGAGCCCAUCUCACAUAACAACAGCUUUGAGAAGUCACUGAAUCCCAACGAUGCUGAGAACAUGGAGAAGAAGGCCAACAAACGCUUGCCCAAACUGCCACCCGGUGGUAACAAAUUAACAGAAUCCGACAUUGCUGCCAUGAAGGCACGAAGCAAGGCGAGAAAUAACACACCUGGGAAAGCCCCCUUAACUACUAGCGGAGAGCAAGGGAGCUAAUGCGUGAGCCCCAGUUUUCAUCUGAAUCGAUACUCAUGGAGUAAGGAUUCUACCGAUACAUCAUGUGCAACCGUUACUUAGGUAGUAGUGAUAGAGAAUCAAAGUAUAUGCAUUGUACAUUGUAAACACACGAAUGGGUGUAGCGCUUGUAUAUUAUAUGAAACUCACUUGUGUUCACACAUUAAGAUACUGCAUUAACACUUGACUCAUGUUAAUACUGUAAGAAUAAGGUACUCAAAGUUGUGUUCAUAUGCAGAACAUUGUAUUAACACUAGAUUUAUGUAGUGUUUUAGGAAUAAGGUAAUGAAAUUUUGUGUUCACACAUUCACACUUGGCUCAUUAUAGUGAUUUAGGAAUAAGGUACUCAAAACUGUGUUCACGCAUUAAGAUAUACACUUGACUCAUUGUAGUGCUAUAAGAAUGAGGUACAAUGUACUCAAAUUUGUGUUCACACGGCAAAAUAUUGCAUUUACAUGUGACUCGUUGUAGUGCUCUAAGAAAGCAGUACUCAAAUUUGUGUUAACACAUCAAGUUAUUACAUUCACAUGUGAGUGUGUGGUAUUUCAAAUCCGUGUUCACACUCUUUAUUCCAUUCAGCGAUUGUAAGACAACAUGGAAACAUGUUUGAUUGUAAGAGAUUUGGGGUGUAAUUUGCAGUUGGGAUAUCAAAAUGUGUAAUAUUACAGAUUGAAUGAAGUCUAGUUGGUAAUAUUGAAUUUUAAAUACAGGUCGCAGCAAAACAGAUGAGUGUAAUAUGUAAACUUGAACUGAGUUGUAGUUGUUGUUGAAUUAGCUUUUGAUUAUAUCUGCUCUGUAUGAUGGCUUUCAAAAGACAAAUAGAAAAAGAAAAUUAAUUGAGAAUUACAUGUACAGUAGAUCAAGCAAUUUCACUGGAGAUCAUUUUCAAACAUUUCAAUUUUGUAUUGUGAAACGAUUGAUUGUAGUGGGUAUUAUGUAUUGUAGUGCAAUAUAGUUGGUCCCAUCCAAUGCUUUAUGAUACACCAUCUGAUAUUGUACAUCUGUGUAGUGUAUACAUCAUUAAUGUAAUAUUAUAUGUUGAAAUAAGUUGUUAUACAUGUAUCACCAGUACACUAUGAAAAUUAAGAGCAUACAAGUCUAUUCCAUACGAUGUUCCAUUUGAGGUGGGAUUUUAUAAUUGGGCUAUUUGAUACUUUAGAUGGCUCUUUUGUCCAUUAUCUAGUAAAGAUGUUUCUAAGAUGUAAUAUUACCCCUGUCAUUUGAUUCAGGCUUGCUUACACGUGCUCAAUGUGUGCACAUUCUCAACUCCCUGGGGAGCAUUCUAGCCAGGUGCAAUUUCACAGAAGCUCGCAACGCUGAGCAAACUACAAUGACUUACGCAUCCUACCAGUAACCUUUUUAACACCUGGGUGGAGAGUGUCAAAUGGAUUGAUGUCAUGCCAAAGGACGUUGUGUUUGGCUCGGAUUGAACCCUCAACCCUUUGAUUGAGUGUCAAGAGAAUGAACCACUAUACCACGACACAAAAGGCAUGAAAUGGAAAAGGAUAAUUUCAUGAUGAUAUGGUCCUUGUUUCUUCAUUAAAAAAAAGUGAUUUAUAUUUGAUGGAUAAAUAUAGAUUGCUACUUUGCACCCCAUAGAUAAAUGGAUUAACUCAGACAAUCAGUAUACCGGUAGCACCAGUAUGUUUGAACCUAGCCUUAAAUACCCAAUUUCAAAAAUACAAUCCUACAUAUGUUCAUGCAUGAGUUUAAUCUCCUUACGUGUAAAGAUUUUAAUUCAUUUUUCUGAUAUCAAUUGUAUUGUCAAGUGUUCAUGUAUAUCUAAAGUGUGCUCUGCUUUUUGAAGAGACAAAUUUGUAUAAUGUUGUAGACAGUAAGACUAGAAAGGCAUUAUAUUUUGUUUUCAUUAGAAGAGGUAGAAAAAGAUUAAACCGAAGUUAGAAACCCGUACGCCAUACAGGUAUGAAUGAUUGUCAGCUUUUCCUUCGUUAGAGAGCAUUCUAGAAACAACGCCCAGAAGAUACAGCAUUCGCCAUUUUUCCGCACUUCUCUAUCUUUUUCAAUUGAAUGCAAGUUUGACACCUGUUUUUUAG